GAGUGCAAAAAUAUUUACCUUGAUCUUCGGUUAUCAGUGAGCACGGAUGGCAGUGAUAUAGCGCGAAUGUCCGAACCGCUAUACCAAGUUCACCUCUCACCCACACCCAUUCUCUAACAAUAUGGCCAUACUAGUCUCGUAUGAUCCCACUUGGUGGCCGUCCAUCCAUGCAUAUCGUUUUUCCAGCUAUUUUGGAGUUGCCGCUUUUGUUGGGGUGAUGUAUGAUUGGGCACUCACAUUCGGACAAGAGGUCGAACUCAUCUGGAGACAACGCUGGUCCCUAAUGACAGUGCUGUAUCUCAGUGUGCGCUACCUUGGAAUCCUAUCUGCUGCUUUGUCCAUGGUUGUCGGUGUUCCGACAAUCUCUCUGACAGAUACAGUGAGCUGGAUGAUGUUCACUGUGUGGUAUUUGACGAGUCUUGUGGCAUUUGCGAUGCUGUGGGUCAUCAUCAUUACCCGGUUGCAUGCCAUGUAUCAACGAGACAGAAAGAUCCUGAUAUUUCUCGUUCUCACCUUCUUGGCGAUCAACACUUUUGAUGGAGUGACAGUCUUAGUGUCAACGAUGCAUAGUUCAGGAGAGGAACUCAUUCUCUCCGGCACCUACCAGUGCAGCAUUGGCUAUAAAAGAGAUACCCUAGUUCUGUAUUUUGCUGCUUGGAUACUCUACAAUGUGUGGGAGGUCCUCACCCUAUGUCUCGCGGUCUGGAUUGCGGUAAAACACUUCCGUGAACUGCGACAACAUUCGACAGCAGGGAUUAUCGGGGACUGUUUUACGGUGUUGAUAAAAACUCACGUGCUUUACUUUGCGAGCUUUGUUGCUGUCUCUUGCUUCGAGUUCGUCGUUCAAUUCUCUCCAACGGUAUGUCAAUCUUUCACUUACCUCUACAUGUGACCACGAUCUAUCAUUUCUAUAGAGCCAUUAUAUCCUAGAAGAACAGACUUUGUCUGGCUUGUUUCAGAUUUUGCAGGCCGUGCAGAUGUUCGUGCUAGGACCACGGCUAAUCCUUGGCAUUCGAGAAUACAAUGCUGAACUCGUGGCUGACUCCGACACAGCAACCGGCAUGACCUCAAUCGCUUUCCAAGAGCGUGUGCAUAUAUCGACUGGCAGUAGUGUGUAAUACUCGGUGAAGUUGACACGAACCGUUGUCUAGUGCUUG